CGAAGUACUACUCUUAGUAACUGGUCAAUGCUAUAACACGAUUGUAGUCAGGGCUAGGUGCGAUGCAGACGGGAGGCAGGAUUCUGCUGCGGGCUUGCCGGCCGCUAGCGGGAGCAGGGCUGGAAGCAGGAGUAGCAGCCACAAGCCAUGUAGCAGCAGCAGCGGCAACAGCAGGGGCGACAACAGCCGUCUCUCCCCCCACAUGCGCAGCGGCGACCGCAGUCCGCACUGUCAUAACCACCACCAGGACCGCUACCACCGCCAUGAUCGCUACCACUGCAAGCAUCCCGACCAGUGACAACAACAGAGCAAAGAACAGCCUUGCUAGGGCUCCUUUCUGCAGCCUUGCCCCCACCAGCCCCUCGCAGCAACAGCAGCAGCAACAGCAGCCGCCGAAGCAGCAGCAGCAGCAGCAAUCUGCCACCGCAGCUGAGCUGCUGGCACCGCUGCUGGAGGGGAAGCCCUUCGCCAUCGUGCAGCUGCCGGCUCGGGGUCGCGGUCUGGUGGCUGUACGGCACAUCCCCGCGGGCGAGGAGGUGCACCGGGAGCGGCCGCUGCUGGUCUUCCCGGACCUGGGGGCCACACACCAGGUGUGCUACCACUGCCUAGCCGCCAUGCCGCCCGGCACCCCCGGCGCGGUGCGCUACGGACCCACGGGUCGGCGGUUCUGCUGCGAGUCCUGCCUUGCCGCCGCCCUGAAGCAGUACCAUGCGGUGGAGGCGGCGGCGUGGCGGGCAGCAGCCUCUGAAGACCCGGUAUAUGACGCGGAUAGGGCAACAGGCGCGGGUUGCAGCAGCGGAGGCGGCGGAAGCCACCACCAGCACCACCAGCACUCAGCCCGCCAGCCGGCGCCUUCCGGUGGAGGACACGGAGGAGGAGGAGGAGGAGGAGGUGCGCUGGGUGCGCUGUACGAGCAGUGCCGGGGGGCGGGGGAGCGCUUCCCGCUCAUGACCGCCCGUGUGGCCUUCACGCAGCUCACCCAGGCACUCAGGGAGCACAUGCAGCAGCAGCAAGGGCAGCAGCAACAAGACCCUGCAUCGUCUUCAUCGUCCUCAUCAAGAUCCUCCGCGUUAAAUACAGCGUCUUCAACUCAGCAGGAACAGCAGCAGCAGCAGCAACAACAACCUCUGCAUGCAGACCCGCAGCCCGCAGCAGCGGCUACGGCACAGCCCUCAGCAGCAGCACCGGAGACACCCCACUCGGCAGCCCAGGACAACAGCAGCAACAGCGA